AUGGUGGCAACGUUCAAGAUCGCCGUGCUGGGAGCCCAGGGCGUGGGCAAGAGUGCCAUAGUCCGGCAGUUCCUCUACAACGAGUUCAGCGAGGUCUGCGUGCCCACCACGGCCCGCCGCGUCUACCUGCCCGCUGUCGUCAUGAACGGCCACGUCCACGACCUGCAGAUCAUGGACUUCCCCCCCAUCACCGCCUUCCCCGUCAACACCCUGCAGGAGUGGGCGGACGUGUGUUGCAGGGGGCUCCGGAGCGUCCAUGCCUACAUCCUGGUCUAUGACAUCUGUUGCUUUGACAGCUUCGAGUACAUCAAAACCAUCCGCCAGCAGAUCCUGGAGACGAGGGUCAUCGGCACUUCGGAGACGCCCAUCAUCAUCGUGGGCAACAAGCGGGACCUGCAGCGGGGCCGGGUGAUCCCACGCUGGAACGUCUCCAACCUGGUGAAGAAGACGUGGAAGUGCGGCUACAUCGAGUGCUCGGCCAAGUACAACUGGCACAUCCUGCUGCUCUUCAGCGAGCUCCUGAAGAGCGUGGGCUGCGCCCGCUGCAAGCAUGUCCACACCACCAUCCGCUUCCAGGCCAAGGAAGGCUUCUCCUAA